UGUUGCUGGGGUCAGACUCCAGGAGAGUGAGCAGUCAGGGCAGCUGCAUAACAAAGGACCAUGUGCCCUGUGUGAGUUGGGAGAAGCUGAGCCCAGGAGCAGGAAGCAGGUUGUUUUCCCUAACUCUGAAGCAUUUUGCGGCAGGUAUAUCACAAUCCCAAAAGAUGUCUUCCAGCAAAGCUCUGUGUUACCCACGCCCGCCAUGUUAUCCCGACAUCUGCCCAGACCCAUAUGUUGAUGCCUGGAACGAGCCUUGUGUCACAUCGUGCGGAGACUCGAGCGCAGUGGUCUAUGCACCGCCGGUUGUCGUGAGAUUCCCGGGACCAAUUCUCGCUACUUGCCCUCAAGACAGCGUUGUGGGAAGCACCUUGCCAUAUUUACCCUAUGGAUAUGGGGGCCCAUAUGGAGGUGGUAGUUUCGGUGGCUCAGUCGGUUCUGGGGGUGCUUAUGGAGGUGGAUACAGUGCUGGGUAUGGUGGUGGCUACGGGGGCUUCUAUGGGUAUGGGAAGAGCUAUGGGAGGAAGUGCUAUUCUUCCCGCUUUGGAAGCUGUGGUCCAUGUUAAACCCAGAAGAAACGUCCACGGAACAAGAAACAACCAGGAAAUGAAAUAGAAGAUAAAGAUUCCCCACUCACCGAAUGGAUGAUGAGCACGUACAUCUCCAUAUGACAUCAUUGGGGGCUGUGUACAAAUCAGGCCUAUCUAUAUUGUCCCCUUGUUAUAUACUACCUUAACUUUAUAGUCUAAUGGUUUUGCAGCUCCUCUUGUGCUUUAUCCUAUUUGAUGGUGAAAGGUCUACAACAAGCGCUUAAUUUGAUGAAAAAUGGAACAUAAUUUCAAAACGUACAGCUGAAAGAAAAACAGCAGAACAUCUUGUGCAAAAUGCACGCUUUUUAGAGAGUGAUUGCUUUUAGCUCCUAUUGUUCCGCUGAAAAUACAUUCUCUGUGCUCUGCAUUAAUUCAUUCUGCAAUGUAAAGUGCACUGGUCAUUCCCAUU